UACCAGCAGGCUAGUUGGUACCGAUCAGCCGUUUUGACACCCGCGUUACGAACGGUGCUAGCCAUUCGCAAGAAACAGCUGUUUUGUGUAUUUUGUGUUGUUUCCGUGUUGCACAAAAAACUUAUCCAAUCGGCACCGGAAAAUAUCACGGCAGUUUGCUGUUCUUUCCCAAAUAAUAUGUUAUCGUUUUUAGUGCAAGAUUAUUCCGGUUGUAUUGAUAAAUAUGUAAUCUGUAGAAAAUGCUUGAAAGAGUGCGAAAAGCAUUACAGACUUGUCAGUGGCGAUAAAAGCAGUUUGUACUGUUUUGUACCAGUUGAUUCCAUCGAGCUCAACCGGUUUCUGUUGGAUCUCCGGUGUUUCCGUUUGUAUCGAGCUCUGAUAGGGAACCUAAUUAGUGGCUUAUGGAACAGUGCCAUUCAGAGAGUUAUAAUAGAAGUUCAUCCUCCCCGAAAGGAACCGUUGGACUAUGCGUGGGGUGAACGAGCAAAUCGAAUGAUGUGGGAGCGAAUAGAAUUAGACGAAAUGAUGUCCUGGUUAUCUACACUAGGUGGAGCAUUUUCCGCUCUGGGCGACUACAAACUAGCUUGUGCGGACACUGCCGGGCGGAUCUCCGUUCAACAGAUGCGGUUGGCCAUUCGACUGGGAGAGCCUUCGGUGAUAGCGCGCUGUCGACUCUACAUGGCGAUUGCAUUGAUUCAGAAGUACAAGUUUGCCGAGGCGAAAUGGAUAGUGCAACGAAUUUACCGCAAGGAAAAACGGCAAACCGAGCCGGAUACUAGGCUGAUUAAAAUGUGCCUGGGCAUUUGGUCCAAGCUGAGCUACGAGUACGAGCUGUACCAGAAGAAGCUGAAUAGGCCUAAGGAAUGAAGUGAAGAACCGACCAUAGGACGUAUUGAAAUCGAUAGUAACUAUCUAGGUGAUGGAAUAAACCUCUGUUGAAAAGA